AUGGCUUCUUCGGCAUCGUUAGAAUACUUGGUAACUGGCGACGAGCUGGCUAAUAGAGAGAACCAAUCGGUGCAAAACGGCUUUUACGAAAACAACGAUAACGUAACAAAAAAUGGGAGCAUAAUUGGAAAAGACAAUGACUACGACGGCAUACAGGUCGUCACUGGUCAAGGAAAUGAGGAUCAGACUGGGCAGCUCCGGAGUUACCAAAUAAACCGACCUCUGUACAGCGAGCAAAUAUUCCAUAGUGAAUACAAGGCAAACGAGUUUGAGUACGUUCCGUACGGCCAAAGAAUUAAAAAGAAGGUACAGAAGUGUAAUUGCGGUCCCAAGUGCUGCAGAGGAUGCGUGGUGGCUACGAUACCGAUAGCAGGGUGGUUGCCUCAUUAUGUCGUGAGAAACCAACUGUUGUCGGAUGUCAUAUCUGGUUUAACGGUCUGCGUUAUGAAUAUACCCCAAGGUAUGGCAUAUGCUAUGUUGGCAUCAGUGCCCCCGGUAUAUGGUCUGUAUCUGGGUUUCUUUGCACCCAUCGUGUAUGCUGUCACUGGUACAUGUAGAGAGUUGGCCGUAGGUACGUAUUCUGUAAUAAGUAUAAUGGUGAGUGCGGCUAUAGAAAGUGUGGUACCGCUAUAUCCCGUCGACCAACCACCGCCGACUGGUUUUUUCAACAAUACGAAUACAACAGCUACUAGUAUGCCGGAAUGGGACAGAGAACAGGAAUUAGUAGACGCUGCUAUUAUACUGGCACUUCUAGUUGGUAUUAUACAGUUAAUACUGGGUAUACUCCGUCUUGGCUGGGUUACUAUAUACCUAUCUGACCCAUUCAUUAGAGGGUAUACUACGGGUUCUGGGUUCCACGUGUUUACCAGUCAAGUAGACGAUCUACUCGGUGUUAGUGUUGGUAGUUACUCUGGUACAUUUGGGCUAUUUUACAUAUAUCGAGAUGUAUUCCAAAAUAUUGAUGAAUGGAACUAUGUGACUAUAUUGCUUUCACUCAGUACUAUUCUGACUUUAAUACUUAUUAAAGAACUAGAAAUCAAAUUUAAGAAGCAGCUUCACGGUGUUCCGUUGGCACCAGAAUUGGUUGUGGUUAUACUUGGUACACUAUUUAGUUGGUUGUUAGACUUGGAAGGCAAUUACGAUGUUGAUAUCGUUGGAGAAAUUCCAGCCGGAAUACCCGCUCCGAAGCUUCCAGACACUACAUACCUAACUGACCUGAUUGGUGCUGCCGUCCCGAUCGCCAUUGUAGCCUACGCCAUUGGUAUCGCCUUGGCGUCACUGUUUUCUCAGAAGAAUAGCUAUAAGAUAGAUGCAAACCAGGAAUUGAUAGCUUUCGGCUCGACCAAUUUUAUCUGCUGUUUUUUCUCCUGUUACCCUGCUAGUGCCUCUGUGGCGCGUAGUAUGGUCCAGGAAGGCUCUGGAGCUACAUCACAAAUUGCUGGCUUGGUGAAUAGUGCGUUGAUGUUGGUAGUGUUGCUAUGGAUCGGACCGUUAUUCGAGACACUCCCAGAGCAUGUAUGGUGGGUGACGUGUGUUUGUGUUAUUGUGUUUGACGUCGACGUUGGACUUUUGAUGGGCGUGGGAUAUGCUAUAUUCAUGCACGUGUGGAGAACACAAGAACCCUAUUGUACCUUACUAGGAAACAUACCAAACACAGAUAUAUACAAAGACAUAAUGUGGUAUGAAGAUGCCAAUGAGAUUCCGGGUAUCAAGAUAUUUUGCAUGCAAUCAUCACUGUACUUUGCGAAUACAGCUCAUUUCAAGGCAAGAGUGUUUAAACUAACAAAGAUCAACCCAAGAAAGAUACUACAGGCCAGAGCUCGGCAGCAGGCAAUCGAAGAAGCGGAAGAGAGAAAAAGAAGAAAACAAAUGAAAAAAAAUGGAGAUCUUGAAAAUAUAGGAGAAGAAUUAGGAGAUACAUCAACACAGAACAAUAACCUGAGACAUAGACGAGGAAAUUCUAAGAGUUCUUCUAUCUCGGCUGGUAGCGUCAAGAGCGAUAAAUGGGAAAGUGGUAAAGAAAUCGACAAGGAGCCCGGUGCAUAUAUACCUGAGUACGAAAAUAGCGACGAUGAUAGUGACAAUGGCGGAGUAGAGAUUUUACCCGAAAACCAAAUCCACACAAUUGUUUUCGACUUUGCGCCCCUUAAUUUCAUCGAUUCGACCGGGCUGAGUGGAUUGCAGCAGCUGUACAGGCAAUAUCACAAAGUUGGAGUCAAACUAUGCUUUGCUCACUGUAAAAAGCGUGUUCGUGAUUUCCUUUCUAGAUGUGAUUUUUACGAGAGCGCUGGAUGUGAGGAACAUGACACUCUGUUCGUUACUGUCCACGAUGCUGUCGUCAGUGUAACUAGACGUAAAGAACUUGAGAACAGGAUCUCGCCAAGGAAUGAUGGCAUGCCACCGGAAGAGACAAUUAUCACAGAGGAUGGUAUUCAGAUUACGAGACUAUAG